AUGGACUGCCAAGGCGACAAGAGCAGUCGAGGCCUUUUGACUAGGGAUGCGCAGGAUCCACCAGGCAGUGUCUCCCUCCUUACGAAAUCGCGCGACUGGUUUGCCGUUGAUGUAUGUGAUGCCCAAUUUGAUCCCCUUACCCCGGAGGAGAUGGUGUGCGCUAGACCUCCACUCCACCCAUGA